UACACCCCGAGGUUUAAGUAACUAUGAUGUCAUGUCAGAUGAUAUCUUCGGGUAAUUAUAGUGUGAUCUUCUGAGUCAUCGGCUAAAGAAAUAAGCUAAAAGGAAAAUGAAUGGCUGCGUUUUGGGAUACGGCUAUUGCUUAUUUCUACACUGUGUUCGAAAUAUACAGUUCAAAAAUCUCGGCGGGUUGAAAUGCUGGAGAAAGUGCCCCUGUUGGAUAAACCGUGCGGUGGUGACGCUCAGGCAUUUCUCUUGACAGGUGCUACGUUACCGAGCAACCAUUCACGUUGCCUUCGCUGCCUGCGGUCUCUGCGCUCAAUUCGUCGUCUGUUGACAAGAUCAACUUCGUCGUGACCAUUAAGGGUUCACGCACCCUGACGCACACAAACGCUCACAAAACUCACCACACACAUUUUUACUACACCCACACAGACACCAACACACACAUAACAACUUCCACUGGACAUCGUUAAUUUCCUGUUUUUAAGCAGUUGCUUUUUGGUGUUGCGAUAUAUCGUACUACGUUAGGACUCGUUUUUUGUGGACAACACCACUAUUUACUAAGAACAACAUUCUCGGCGCUUUGUUGGCCGGGUAUUGUUGAGUUGCACGUUUUACCGUUUCAUUUAUCCCCAGUUCAUUGAUCUAUCACCUUGUACUGUGUGCUCACGAGUCCCGCUGUACAGUUGUUUUCUGUUUUUGUGUUUUUUUACCCUGCAACAAGGUCUCUUGCACAAUUUGGUUUCUAAUAACACUGGUCAUUAAGAUUAUCAGCACUUUUACCACUAUUACUACUACGACAACUAUAACAACGACAGUUGCAUUGGCGUUGAAGCUUUUCCGUUGACAAUUGUUGGAAAACAGGUGUCGCUGUGACGAGCUUUUUGUUUUUGACUUGAUUUCCUUGAUUCUUUCAUCUGCAAUGUUUAACCAUCUGCAUACGUUAUAACAGACAAACGAAAGUUUACUUUUAUAUUGCUUUGUCGAGUUCAGUGAGUCUAAUCACUAUUUUAUAUUUCUAAUUCUUUCAUCCGUGUUUUGCUAUGGCUUCCCAGCAUUUCUCGGAUGCCGAAAUUCCUGACAGCCAGUCCUCCUCUGGUUCCUCAACACCCUCUUCCCCCACUUCGUCUCCAUCGUCCGCCUCUUCCACUUCAGAAGCGCUUCCGGCUGUCAGUGCUUUAUUGCCGACCGCUAGCCGCGUCCGCACGCGCUCGGCUCGACUUCGUGCAAAACGCCGAUGUCUCCCUACACGCAGCUAUGUGUGGAGUCUCGAUCGUCUUUCGAAAUCCGCGGUGAAGGACGCUACCCUGUCGCAUCGACGUAAAAAUGUUAUCCAAAAACUUACCCACUAUGGUAGCGCGCAAUCUCAGGGUACCCGGGUUGCUAGCGUGGAGAAGGCCAUUCUAAAAAAUCUCGGCAUGAACGAGAGCGUUCUGAGCAGCAUAAAGGCGGAGCAAGAUACUCAGGACGCUGCAAGCGAGUUUCACUAUUCCUAUGUGGGUGUUGUUGCGACGGGCGAGAAAUCGCUUUGGUCCAGCCCAAAGGAGGAAGGUCGUGAAUCUUCUCCGGUGGACGUUUCGUCGUUGUCACCGUCUGACGUUGCUGAUUUCGUUUGUAGCGGGUUGUUGUCGUUUGAAGAUGUCGUGUCGCAAAUAUUCACUAGGUUUUUUGAAAACAAAGGCGCUAAUUGCGAGGAGUGGGCGGUAUGUCUUCAGCGGUGUCUCGAUAAGCUCUCCUCUUCGUCAACAAAACCCAUACUUCUACCAUACAUCUCUUCUGUACUUCAGGCCGUUGUGGACAUGCUAGGUAUAGACGUUGGUAAGCGUCACACACCUGUAGCACAUGAUUCCGUGAGGCCGCCUGCAUCCACGGCUCCGUCAAAUUAUUCCGUAGCGGCAACUGUAAAAUUGUUAACGUUGUUGUACCCCCUGUGUGAGUUGCCGUUGCAGAAGGAUAUUGUCGCAGACCUUUGUCGCAUUGCGCUCGAUACAGCAGUGUCGGACGAUGUUCGGCUGGUCAUCAUGGAUGCGUUUGCCUCUAUACUCAAGGUUCCUCGAGCAACACACAGUCGUACGCGUUCGAGAAGUUCCGACGAUGCUUGGCAAAUACUGUAUGAAACAACAACAAACGCGCAGGCUUGGGUAACCCUGCUCAUGCUGCUUCCUAAUCGCAAGGGCAUUAUCCGGAAUCGGCAAAAACUUGCACUGAGUUGGUUCCUGAGCAAACCACUUCAGUCGAUAAACAACAACAAUGACAAUGCCAGUCUAUUUGCAGAGGUGUGUGAAGCAAUAGAGGCAUUGCCAAACAAAACAGCAGAAGACUUUGUACGUGUGCGCUACAGCAUCUCGGCUCUGUUUUUUGCUUUUCACGGUGAAUUGGCUCCGCAGCCGGACGAAGUCCUUCGACUGCUAGCUCUUCUCCGAAAACUUGAUCAUUCCAUCCACGGCACGACAACAGACAGCCUAAUGCUGCUCAGAUGUGAAGCAAAGGAUGUGGUUCAACGUCUGUAUCUCUACGUGUACUAUGAACACUGCAACGCCUAUCAAGUGCUUGAACAAGCCGCCGACAUGAAUAUGAACGUGAGUGCCGCUGACUUGCAGGAUGAUAUUAUCGCACCUACGGCCAAAAGUGAAGCAGUGACGGCGGGCGACAUAAAGGUUGCUGUGAAAGACAACCUAGAAGCUGAAACAGAAGAGGAACCGAAAAGCGAAGUCAAGGCCGAGGCGAAGACCCAAUCAAAGACCAAAGCAAACCCUACAGAUCAUGUUUACCAGCACCUAGCACAGGUCGCCAACGUUGUGAAACGGGAAAUUGCUACGGAUGAUAAGGCUGAGCACACGGACUUUUCGCUACCCGAGAUUCGUCUUGGAAAAAAAUCAAAGGAGUAAAUGUUGCACGACUGGCACUUCUAUAGCGUCUGUGGCAUAAAACAUUUUUAAACCCCUUGCUGCCGUUACUGUGUUAGACAAAAAUUUGUAUAAUUCAAGUUCCUCCCUCAUCCCUCCUCGCGACACCAUGAGUUUGAUUAAUACGAGCUCCUCCUCUCCCAAAAGCCAAGCUUGGCAGUGCUGCAUUCGCACCUGAAGUGGUUCCUGCACCUUCUGUCGCUCACCUCUUCUUUGCUUGCCUCGUUGUGUGUACAAAAAACUAAUUACGGAUUCGUAUUGUUGGAGAUUAUUAGGGGUUACAUAUAUCGGGAAAAAUGCUCAAGGUCUCACAUGUGUGGAGAUAUAUGAGAAAUAGAGAGUGAGUGUAUAAAAGAGAGCGAGAGAACACGCGGUAAAAGAACGAGAGCGAGCUUUGAGGAGCCUAGCUCUGUAAAAAAAAACAUCGCAAGUCGUGCAAUGAUUUCCUAAUUAUGUGCGGUCAGUAGUGAUGAGGACUGCAGGCACUCGGCUCACUCAGAAGCGAAGUAGUAAUGAACAGCGUUUUUGCAGUACGAGUCCGCCCCUAAACGACCCGAGGUACAAAAGUUUGCUGCGACUUGCGUGUAAUCGGUCCGGUGGUUGCCUCAAUGGCCAAUUUAGUCCAAAAACGUGCGGUGAGGGUUCUUGCCGAACAAGAUUUCACGAAUUUGAGGAAGAGCCUGCUCCUUAAUAAGCUCCAGACGUGCUUUGAUUGUGUUUACAGAACGAAUCUUGCCUUGGAAUCCCAAAACGACGACACCGCCCAAGCAGUCAUCAUCCAAAGGUUCUUCCUCGUCGACGGCCAAUUGCACGCCUGUAAGGCCAGAGGCCUUUUCGUAAAGCUCAACGGCUUCUGGAAGAGCCUUCUCGAUCAAAGGAAGGUCCACCUUACGACCACAAACGAUACCGAUCUUCUCGUUGAGAGAAAGCAUUGAUUGCACAAUCAAAUCACGCAGAAAAGCGACGUACUUGUCUUCGAUCUUCUCAAUACCCUCAAGCUUCUUGCAAACAGUGUUCAUGAUGUCGUCCAUGACAGAUUCACGUGUGUUCAAAAUCUCAAGACGACUCUUGUUCAGAACGUUCGAACGAGCAAUUCUUUGAGACAUAGCAGCUCUCUUCAUCUUUCCAUCGAAUUCCUCGUCGAUGGCGGAGCACUGUUGACGUACAAUCUUUUCCUUUUCCAGUUGAAACUCUUCUUCACUGAGCGUAUGGAUCUCCUUGGCCUUUUCUAAAGCUUCUUGCUUGAUGAAGCUAAUCAUCUUGCGCAUUUCGGCCUGAACUUGUUCGUUGGAUAAUGACAUUGCGUAGGCGUUUGUAGCGUUUGUAUGGAAGGAUAUUGUCUCUCA